UGACAGCCAAUUAGAAUGUGGCAAGUCAGUGUAUUAGCCUGAUUUCCGAAGUCUUUAGCUAGAAUCCACAAGCCAAAGAUCAGUUUGUAACCCCACUUCAGGAUUCGAAACAUAUCUACAGAGAUUUCUAUUAAUACACGAUUUGGUGACUUUCAUCAGCUAACGUUACUAGUUAAAAAGGAGAAGUCUCACUCGUUGCACGGGUAGCAUUCCAUUGGAAAAGCGGACAAUGAGAAAGAUAGCGCUGCUACUGAUUGUGGGACUUGGCGUUGUCCACUUUGCCACUGUCAUCCGAUGUGAAGCUGAUGAUGUAGCGGAAGAAGUCGUCGAGGAGGAGGAGGAGGGUGGUGAUGAUAAUGAUGAAGAGGAUAAAGAUGACGUAACAGAGGUGAAGGAUGAGAACGGAGUGUUGGUCUUGAACGACGACAACUUCGACAUGUUCAUGGAAGGGAAGGACACCGUGCUGGUUGAGUUCUAUGCACCAUGGUGUGGCCACUGUAAGCAGUUUGCUUCAGAGUAUGAGAAGAUUGCCCUGACUCUGAAGGAGAAUGACCCCCCUAUCCCUGUGGCCAAGGUGGACGCCACCAAGUCCAGCUCCUUAGGGAGCAGGUUCGAGGUGUCUGGAUAUCCCACCUUCAAGAUCAUGAAGAAGGGGGAGCCUGUGGAGUAUGAUGGCGCCAGGAAUGAGCAGGACAUUGUGGCUCGAGUGAUGGAAGUGGCCCAGCCGGACUGGAAGCCUCCUCCAGAGGCCACCCUGGUGCUGACCAAGGACAACUUUGACGAGGUGGUCAACAGCGCUGACAUCAUCCUGGUGGAGUUCUAUGCCCCAUGGUGUGGCCACUGUAAGCAGCUGGCUCCAGAGUAUGAGAAGGCAGCCAAGGCCCUGAGCCAGCGCUCUCCUCCCAUCUCCCUGGCCAAGGUAGACGCCACCCAGGAGAAUGACAUCGCCAACCGCUUCGGAGUGUCUGGGUACCCCACCCUCAAGAUCUUCAGGAAGGGGAAGGCCUUCGACUACAACGGACCCAGAGAGAAGAUUGGUAUCGUUGACUAUAUGAGUGAGCAGGCGGGGCCACCCUCCAAGCAGGUGCAGACGGUGAAACAGGUGCAGGAGUUAAUCAAAGAUGGUGAUGAUGCUGUCAUAGUGGGCGUGUUCUCCUCAGAGCAGGAUAUGACCUAUGACCUCUACCUAGAGGCCUGUAACAUUCUUAGAGAGGACUUCAAGUUCCUCCACACCUUCAGUUCAGACGUGGCCAAGCUCCUCAAGGCCUCCCCAAGCCAGGUCGUCAUGGUGCAUCCUGAGAAGUUCAGGUCCAAAUACGAGACAGACUCCUAUACACUCACCAUCAAAGACUCCACAGAGGUGUCGGAGGUGCAGGACUUCUUUAAGAAACACAUCCUGCCACUGGUGGGUCACAGGAAACAAAGCAAUGACGCUAAACGUUACACCAAGAGACCACUGGUUGUCGUUUACUACGGAGUGGACUUCAGCUUUGACUACAGGAAAGCGACCCAGUUCUGGAGGAGCAAGGUUUUGGAGGUGGCCAAGGAUUUCCCAGAAUACACCUUUGCCAUCGCUGACGAGGAGGACUACUCAGAUGAGUUGAAGAGCUUGGGGCUCAGUGACAGCGGGGAGGAAGUCAACGUGGGUAUCCUGGGAGAUGGCGGCAAGAAGUUUGCCAUGGAGCCUGAUGAGUUUGACUCUGAGGUGCUGAGGGACUUCAUCAUGGCCUUCAAGAAGGGCAAACUGAAGCCCAUCGUCAAAUCUCAGCCAGUGCCCAAGAACAACCAAGGCCCCGUGACGGUAGUGGUUGGGAAAACCUUUGACGACAUCGUGAUGGAUACCAAGAAAGACGUUUUGAUAGAGUUCUACGCCCCGUGGUGUGGCCACUGUAAGAAGCUGGAACCUGACUACACAGCCCUGGGGAAGAAAUACAAGAGUGAGAAGAACCUGGUCAUUGCCAAAAUGGACGCCACUGCCAACGAUGUGCCUCACGACAGCUACAAAACGGAGGGCUUCCCCACUAUCUACUUUGCGCCUAGCAACAGCAAGCAGAGCCCAAUCAAAUUUGAGGGCGGAGACAGAACCAUAGAAGGAUUUAGUAAGUUCUUGGAACAGCACGCCACAAAGUUAUCACAGAGCAAAGAUGAACUUUGAGAAUCGCUCUUGAGUACCUAAACUCGCAACUGUGCAGAGUCUGCAGUCCCAGAUGCCCUGGGGGAGCUGAGGGCAGAGGCUGUCAAACUCAAAUGAACCCCUCCUACACCCUAGCCACUUAUGCAUAGACCUUAGAGGGUUGGAUCAGAGAGCAAGAUGGAGCUACCACCGUAUUGCUUAGAUGUAUUCAACCCUCUGAUCUCUAGGGCCUAGUGUUUAGGACCUAGGGGAAGUGCCUGGUGGUUAGGGCCUAGGAGUUAGUGUCCCCAAAGAGGGCUAUUAGUGAGUUGCUGUGAUCCACAGAUUCAGCUUUUGUUUUUUUCCAUGUCCAAAAGCAUGUAAGCACUGUGUUCCAGAUUUCUAAGUCUUUCUAAAUAAAAUGUUGUGAAAACUGA